UUAAAUCUAAUAGUCCAGUUAGUUGCGAUCGUUCAAGGAGUCAACAGUAUAUAAAGAAUAUUGAUUAGUAACAUCGAAUUGCGUAGUUGAAGUGAUUUCUAUCUGUCAAAUUUAAUUACAUAUUGAAAAGAUGCAUUGUAUUUUUUUGUAUCUUUCUGUUCUGUUAGUGCUUGCCAAUGCAGAUUUAGUAAGAAUCCCUUUGUACAAGAUACCAACCGUGAGAUCUACACUAAAAGAAUAUGAUACGGAAUUGCACAAAGUACAGCUUAAAUACGGUGAUAUGACACCGGAACCUUUAUCUAAUUAUCUUGAUGCUCAAUAUUAUGGUGUCAUUAGUAUUGGUUCGCCACCGCAAGAUUUUAGUGUUGUUUUUGAUACGGGUUCCUCAAAUUUAUGGGUUCCAUCCAAAAAAUGCCAUGUAACGAAUAUUGCUUGCCUUUUACAUCACAAAUACGAUAGCAGUAAAUCAUCCUCUUAUAAACAAAAUGGUACUGAGUUUGCAAUUCGAUAUGGCUCGGGUAGUCUUUCUGGAUUCCUAUCUGUUGAUAAAGUAUCAAUCGCAGGAGCAGAAAUCAAAGAUCAAAUGUUUGCAGAAGCUAUGAGCGAACCUGGACUUGCCUUUGUCGCUGCUAAAUUUGAUGGGAUAUUAGGAAUGGCAUAUUCUAAAAUAGCUGUAGAUGGUGUAACGCCUGCUUUUUAUAAUAUGGUUAAACAAGGCAUCAUACCACAGGCCAUUUUUAGUUUCUACUUAAACAGAGAUCCUUCGGCAUCAGUAGGUGGAGAAAUGAUAUUGGGAGGUUCCGAUCCAAAUCAUUAUGAAGGUAGUUUUACAUAUGUUCCUGUGGAUCGCAAAGCAUACUGGCAAUUUAGAAUGGAUAGAGUUGAAGUUGGCAACAACGUAUUUUGUAAAGAUGGUUGUGAAGCUAUUGCAGAUACUGGUACUUCAUUAAUAGCAGGACCAACAGAAGAAAUUAAAGCAAUAAAUAAAGAAAUUGGUGCAACACCAAUUAUAGCAGGAGAGGCAAUGGUUGACUGUAACUCUAUCGACCAUUUACCUGUAAUCAAUUUUGUGCUUGGUGGACGUUCCUUCUCUUUGUCUGGUAAAGACUAUGUUUUAAAGGUGACACAAUUCGGUAAAACUAUUUGUUUGAGUGGAUUUAUGGGUAUUGAUAUUCCUCCACCAAAUGGGCCCUUAUGGAUCCUUGGUGAUGUAUUCAUUGGACGUUAUUAUACUGAAUUCGAUAUGGAAAAUGAUCGUGUAGGGUUCGCAGUUGCUAAGUAAAAGCAAUUAAAACUUUUUGCUAAAUAUAAAAGUAAUAUUACGAUAAAAUAUGCAUUAAAUUGGAUAAAAUACAUAUGGAUAUUAUAUAGUUUGUUUAUUGGACAUUAUUUUAUCUUAUAACGAUCAUAAUUUCAUUAAAAAACAUGUUGCUAUUCACUCUAUGUGUAUAUAUGUACCUACAUUUAAACAGAGUACAUGUAAUAAUUAUAAAAAAUUAUAAACAUUCAAAUAUACUUUCAUUUAAAUUAAGAUCUAUUAGAAUUAUGUUAUCUUCUACUUCUGUUUUUCGUUUUACUCUCAGGUAUAUAAAACGUGAUACACUAAAAUAAA